AGUGGAGCAGAUGCAGAUAGCGUCCGCGUCCACUGGGGGGCGGUGUCGCAGUGUAGUUACACAGCUAGAGCACAGAAGAAGAAGCAGCCUCUCAGUUACCGUGAGGAAGAAACGAUGGCGGCCUCCUUGAGAGGAAGCUUGGUAACAUUGGCCAAGAGCCUAAGUGGCCCCCGAUGGCAGCAGCUGGCCUCACGACCUCUAAGCUUAUCCACUGGUCUCUGUGGUGUGGAGUCUCCUCCAGCACGUGCAGAUGCCACCUUCAAGGUCACAAUGGUACCAGGCGAUGGAGUUGGACCUGAGCUAAUGACUGCUGUCAAGGAAGUAUUUAAGGCAGGAGAUGUCCCAGUAGAAUUUGAGGAGUUUCAUCUCAGUGAGGUACAGAACAUGGCCAGUGAAGAGAAACUGGAGCAGGUGUUGAAGUCCAUGAAGAACAACAAAGUGGCGAUGAAAGGAAAGAUUCACACACCCAUGGAGUUCAAAGGGGAACUGGCUUCAUAUGAAAUGAGGCUGAGGCGUAAAUUGGACCUGUUUGCUAAUGUGGUUCAUGUGAACAGCUUGCCGGGCUACAGCACUCGCCACAAUAACCUGGACCUAGUAAUCAUUCGUGAACAGACUGAGGGAGAGUACAGCUCCCUUGAACACGAGAGUGUUUCGGGUGUGAUCGAAUGUUUGAAGAUCAUCACAAGAGAGAAGUCACGGCGCAUUGCCAAAUUUGCCUUCGACUAUGCCACCAAGAAGGGGCGUAAUAAGGUCACUGCAGUUCACAAAGCCAACAUAAUGAAAUUAGGUGAUGGCCUGUUUCUCCAGAGCUGCGCAGAGGUGGCACAGUUGUAUCCCAAAAUUAAAUAUGAGAACAUCAUCAUUGAUAACUGUUGCAUGCAGCUGGUCCAGAACCCAUACCAGUUUGAUGUACUGGUGAUGCCAAACCUCUACGGUAACAUUAUUGACAACCUGGCAGCAGGGUUAGUUGGCGGGGCAGGAGUUGUUCCUGGGGAAAGCUACAGUGCUGAGUAUGCUGUAUUUGAGACUGGUGCACGCCACCCCUUUGCACAAGCAGUAGGCAGGAACAUUGCCAACCCCACAGCCAUGCUGCUCAGUGCUGCUAACAUGCUCAGGCACCUCAACCUGGAGUAUCACUCCCAAAUGGUGUCGGAUGCUGUCAAGAGGGUCAUCAAACAGGGCAAGGUUCGGACACGAGACCUUGGAGGAUACUGUACCACUGGCGACUUUGUGCACGCCGUUGUGGACAACCUGCGCCACCGACCUAUUCUCUAAGAGUUGUCAUCGCACUCACGUUUCAUUAACUUGGACAUUGGCCUUAACAUGAACUAGCUGCUUGUUAAAACAGAACCCCUCCCUUCGUAUCAAACAGUUGCAUUGCAGUUCUGACAAUACCCAUCUUCAUGUAUUUUGUUAUAAUCGGUGCCUUAAGGUAAAAACAUUUUCACUGAUUGUGGUCCACGUAUUAUUUCAUUUUGCUUAUGGAAACUAAAGCAGCCAGACUGCCUUCAUCAAAGGUUUAUAAGCUAAUCACACCAAACACAUUAUUGUUUGAUUUCUUCAUUACAGUGUAAAAAAUAAAAUCAAAAGCUGCUUUAGGUAUAAAGACCUCGUGCCUCAUAACAUUUCUGACUUUGACAUUUCAAAAGGCUAACUGUCCUAAUGUAAAAGACAUGUUUCUUGCUCUGUCAUUAUUAUUUAAAGUUAAAAAACAUUAAUAAAUCAGGCAUGUUGGCACAUAUUGCACCACUGACUGUUUUAGGAGUUAUACUAAUAAAAUAAAUAUAGCUAAAUGCAAUUGUGGGUAAUCUCAGUAUUGUGCAUCUGUGUCUGACUGGAUCAUAGAUUUUUUUUAUUGGCCAUUUUUAUUUAGCUUUUAAUGAGCUGUGUCCAUGUUUUUAUAUUGAAACAUUUCCAAGGAACAAGCCUUGUCCUCAUCAUCUUUCUUGUUCACACAGAGCUGAUUUUACGUCUGAUCCCAUAAAAGAUUAAAAUAC